CACACGUGACCACCAUUGUUUUUGGUGAACAAGUAGUAAAUUUCGAGGUUAUGUUCAUUACGUCGAGCAAUAUUAUGAUAUACUCAUGACGUAUAACGCGUCUAAUUAAUUAUUUAUCAUCGCAGACGAAUUGGACUGUAAAAUAAUUCACUCGUAUUUUGAUUCGGCCGUUGUGAAAUUUUUAUUGUGGAAACAAUAUGCAAGGAGACGAAAUCGGUGAAAAGAGGAAAAUUUGGACGGACGAAGAGCGUUUGGAGCUUGCCGCGAAAUUGGACGCCGAACUGGACGAAUACAUAAAUAACUUGGAGAAAAAGAGUUAUGCGGAAGGAUGGCCGGAGGAUAGAUGGCAAGAGGAAAUGGAGAAGCAUCCUUUUUUCAUGAAAAAACCACCGGAACCCGGCGACGAGUUGUCUCCUUUGAUGGAGGGAUUGCAACAACUUAAGUACGGAGAGGAUGAGAAUACUCCUGAAGAAUUGGCGAAUAAUUACAAGGAGGAUGGAAACUUCAAUUAUAAAUAUAAAAAGUAUCGUCUUGCUAUUCUUAGUUAUACAACAGGGAUAAAAACCAAAUGUAAAGAUGACGAUUUGAUGGCUCAGCUUUACAAUAACAGAGCCGCAGCACAUUUCAUGUUGCAAAAUUACAGAUCAUGUUUGAAUGACUGUAAAUUGGCCUUAAAAUUUAAGCCACAAUAUCCAAAGGCUUUGAGUCGAGCUGCCACUUGUAGUUUUCACAUUAAAGAUUAUGAUCAAUGCAUUGAUUCAUGCGAUCAGUUUCUUGAUCAAAGUCCAACCGAUAAAAUAAUAUUGAAAUUAAGAUCUGAUUCUGUAAUUGCAAAAGAGCGUUUACAAAGAGACAAGAGAAAGCAGGAAAGAGCAGAGAAAAAAUCUGAUAAGGAGGAUGAGAAAUUAUUAGAAACAAUUUCUCGGAAAGGUAUUAAUUUAGAAUUGACGAAUGAUAAACAAAAGUUAGAAUUAAGAGAUCUAGAGCCUCAAGUACCGCAAAUAGCACAAAGCAGAGUACACUUCGACGAGAAGGACAAGCUUGUGUGGCCAGUAAUGAUUUUAUAUCCAGAGACUCAGCAAACUGAUUUUAUACAAAAUUUUCACGAAGAUAUGUUAUUAAUUGAACAGUUAAUCGAACUAUUCGAAAAACCCCCUGAAUGGGAUGUAAAACAUCGUUAUACCAUAGAAAAUAUAAAUGUAUAUUUUGAAGGAAAAAACAAAUGUUCCAUUCAUAAAGUAGAUAUCCAGCUCACGUUGGAUGAAAUAUUACGAGACAAACAGUUCAUAGUUCGCGGUGGUACACCUGCUUUCUUGAUACUUGUAAAAUCCAGUGAAGCUGAGAAACAUUUCUUAGGAAAUUAUUAAGUACCUGUAUUAUAUU